AUGUGGAGCCUACUGAAGAGGGUUGUACUUUGGUGCUGCUUCUUCGAUUCUCUUCUAAGUAGCACAGUUGGUACUUCCGGAGCUAAUCGGUGUCUGAUAUGCAACUCCACGCAGACAGGUUGUGACGAGGGACUGCGGAAACUCGUUGGAAACUGUACCGGAGGAAUAGUUGAUAGUUGCUUUUCUCGGAUAGCAGAUGGUGUGGUGGAUCGUGGUUGCCUAUCCCAGCUGUUAUCCAGCGAAGAACGCCAGCAAUGUUCACAAGGAGCAGACAGUUCCUGCAUAGCUUGCACUGAAAAUGAAUGCAACCGUCACACUUGGGUAAAGUGUGCCCAGUGCGAUGAUAGUGGACAGUUGCACGACAGUUGUUCUGAUAAGCAGCAAGCACGGUUUUGUCCACAGUAUCUCCCGGAUGAUAGCUCCUAUGGCAAUUCUCAAGUGGUCAAAGAACCGUCAAUGAGCACCACGAUGAAGGCAUCGUUCUGUCCACACUUCACCACCGACGAUCGCUGCUUUUCACGAAUAUUGGAUCAAGAAUUAGAACGGGGUUGCACUUCGAAGCUCACCCUGCCUGACAAGGUUUGUGAAGACAACAAGAACUGUCUCGUAUGCUCAGAAGAUGGUUGCAACGUAGAGUCAGAGAAUAGCUUGCUCGAGGUGCAAAUGUGUCUGCGCUGUCGCUCAGAUACUGAUGAUACUAUGGAUUGUGAAAAAGCGACCAACGAUCAAGCUAAAGAAUGUGAUAACCUAAUCGAUGAGUGUUACACAAGAGUUCAAGACGGAGUCAUGGAGAGGGACUGUCUAUCCACACUUUCUGAACAGGAUAGGAACAAGUGCCAGAAUGAGGAAGAUGCGUCUUGUGUAUCUUGCGUAGGUCGAGGUUGUAACGUAGAGCAAUGGUUAAGAUGCUACCGAUGCUCUAAGUUGGACAAACCAAGUUGUGCAGCUCCUGAAGAUACCGAACUUUUUGCAGAAUUUUGUGAUGGAUUUCAUUAUAUUGAAGAGAAGUGUUACGCCAAAAUUGUUGGUGACGACGUCAAUCGUGGAUGUGUGACUGAUCUUGGUAUUGAUAUAGACCCAUGUGAAGAUAGCUCUAUGUGUGCCAUCUGCACCGGUGAUGGAUGCAACUAUGCCGAUGAAAGCACAUUGAGGCGCUACAAAGAUUGUGUUAGCUGCAGCACAGAUUAUGAAGGAGAAGCUUGUGAACACACGGAUCAUACAACAACCGUAGUAACCUGCGAUGUUGAAUGUUACACAAGAGUUGCAGACGGCCACUUGGAGCGAGGCUGCCUUUCCAGCACUGAUGAGUUGGUUCAAGCAAAAUGUUCUGAUUCAAGCGAUCAGUCAUGCAUCGUUUGUGACCAGUCGGGUUGCAAUAGCAAUCUGUGGAGAAAGUGUCAUCAGUGCCAAUCUUCCACAAGCCAAACUUGCGCUGAGGAGCAGGAAGACGCUGAAUCCACGUUUUGCAAGGCGUAUAAUUCGCAGGACAAAUGUUACACCAAAAUUAUCAAUGAUCAGGUCGAGCGAGGUUGCCAGUCUGACGCCGGAAGCGAAGUCGACCUAUGCACCAAUGCCGAAGUGUGUGACUUGUGUGAGGAAGAUUCCUGCAACAAAGCUGCCGGUGCAUCGCUUGCCCAUAUUAAAUGCCAACAAUGUUCAUCGGCCGAUAGUCCUGACUGUGCUCUCGAUGGAAUUUUGACACGCAACUGUCUCUCCACAUUGGAUGAGUCGGUUCAAGCAAAAUGUUCUGAUUCAAGCGAUCAGUCAUGCAUCGUUUGUGACCAGUCGGGUUGCAAUAGCAAUCUGUGGAGAAAGUGUCAUCAGUGCCAAUCUUCCACAAGCCAAACUUGCGCUGAGGAGCAGGAAGACGCUGAAUCCACGUUUUGCAAGGCGUAUAAUUCGCAGGACAAAUGUUACACCAAAAUUAUCAAUGAUCAGGUCGAGCGAGGUUGCCAGUCUGACGCCGGAAGCGAAGUCGACCUAUGCACCAAUGCCGAAGUGUGUGACUUGUGUGAGGAAGAUUCCUGCAACAAAGCUGCCGGUGCAUCGCUUGCCCAUAUUAAAUGCCAACAAUGUUCAUCGGCCGAUAGUCCUGACUGUGCUCUCGGUAAUGUUGAGAGUGAAUCAUGCCCUCUCCACAGCGAUCGUUGCUAUAUAGCUGUGGACAAUGAUGGAAUUUUGACACGCAACUGUCUCUCCACAUUGGAUGAGUCGGUUCAAGCAAAAUGUUCUGAUUCAAGCGAUCAGUCAUGCAUCGUUUGUGACCAGUCGGGUUGCAAUAGCAAUCUGUGGAGAAAGUGUCAUCAGUGUCAAUCUUCCACAAGCCAAACUUGCGCUGAAGAACAGGAAGACGCUGAAUCCACGUUUUGUAAGGCGUAUAAUUCGCAGGAAAAAUGUUACACCAAAAUUGUCAAUGAUCAGGUCGAGCGAGGUUGCCAGUCUGACGCCGGAAGCGAAGUCGACCUAUGCACCAAUGCCGAAGUGUGUGACUUGUGUGAGGAAGAUUCCUGCAACAAAGCUGCCGGUGCAUCGCUUGCCCAUAUUAAAUGCCAACAAUGUUCAUCGGCCGAUAGUCCUGACUGUGCUCUCGGUAAUGUUGAGAGUGAAUCAUGCCCUCUCCACAGCGAUCGUUGCUAUAUAGCUGUGGACAAUGAUGGAAUUUUGACACGCAACUGUCUCUCCACAUUGGAUGAGUCGGUUCAAGCAAAAUGUUCUGAUUCAAGCGAUCAGUCAUGCAUCGUUUGUGACCAGUCGGGUUGCAAUAGCAAUCUGUGGAGAAAGUGUCAUCAGUGUCAAUCUUCCACAAGCCAAACUUGCGCUGAAGAACAGGAAGACGCUGAAUCCACGUUUUGUAAGGCGUAUAAUUCGCAGGAAAAAUGUUACACCAAAAUUGUCAAUGAUCAGGUCGAGCGAGGUUGCCAGUCUGACGCCGGAAGCGAAGUCGACCUAUGCACCAAUGCCGAAGUGUGUGACUUGUGUGAGGAAGAUUCCUGCAACAAAGCUGCCGGUGCAUCGCUUGCCCAUAUUAAAUGCCAACAAUGUUCAUCGGCCGAUAGUCCUGACUGUGCUCUCGGUAAUGUUGAGAGUGAAUCAUGCCCUCUCCACAGCGAUCGUUGCUAUAUAGCUGUGGACAAUGAUGGAAUUUUGACACGCAACUGUCUCUCCACAUUGGAUGAGUCGGUUCAAGCAAAAUGUUCUGAUUCAAGCGAUCAGUCAUGCAUUGUCUGUGAACAGUCGGGUUGCAAUAGCAAUCUGUGGAGAAAGUGUCAUCAGUGUCAAUCUUCCACAAGCCAAACUUGCGCUGAGGAACAGGAAGACGCUGAAUCCACGUUUUGUAAGGCGUAUAAUUCGCAGGACAAAUGUUACACCAAAAUUAUCAAUGAUCAGGUCGAGCGAGGUUGCCAGACUGACGCCGGAAGCGAAGUCGACAUAUGCACCGAUGCCGAAGUGUGUGACUUGUGUGAGGAAGAUUCCUGCAACAAAGCUGCCGGUGCAUCGCUUGUCCAUAUCAAAUGCCAACAAUGUUCAUCGGCCGAUAGUCCUGACUGUGCUCUGGGCAAUGCCGAGAGUAAAUCAUGCCCUCUGCAAAACGACCGUUGCUAUACAGCUGUGGACAAUGCAAAUAACCUUAUACGGGGAUGUUUUUCGAACCUGAACGAUGAUCUUCUUGAACCCUGCCAAAAUGAAACAAAUCAGUCAUGUAUCACCUGCGAGGAAACUGGAUGUAAUAUGAUGGUCUGGCCUAUGUGCUAUCGGUGCCAUAGUUCAACUGAGUCCUGGUGUAACGGAGGCUUGACAAUUGACAAACUGAGAUUUUGUGCGUCAUAUAGCAAGACCAACUUUUGCUACGCAUCAAUUGUCAAUGAUGUUCUGACUAGAGAUUGCACAACUGAUAGAAAUGCCAUCUGCAACAAUAACAACGCAUGUGUUGCAUGCAAUAGUACUGGAUGUAAUUCAAUAUCCAGGGAAGAGUUGGAGCAUCCUCACACAUGCUUUCAGUGUAGCUCUAACGAAGGAAGCUGUGACGUGUUGGAAGAAAAAGGGCAGAAAUGCAAACAUCACAGCGAUCGAUGCUACAUGAAGCUUUCGGAAGGUAAACUCACAAGGGGAUGCCUUUCAGAUAUCGUUUCGGAAGAGUGUGAUGUAAAUAACAACUGUCUGGUUUGCGAUGGGAAAGAUUGCAAUAAUCUAGCAUGGCCAAAGUGUUACCAGUGUAGCAACGCAACAAGCGUAGAAUGUUCCAGUACACAGCAAAACAGUGACAGGUUGCAGUAUUGUGUGGACUACCAGGACACAGGGUGUUUCACCAUGGUUGCAGAACAAUCCUUUGUUCGCGGAUGCAUUGCCAGUAUUUCGGGCAAUCAGUGUACAGAUCCGGAAAUGUGCUUCAAAUGCACUGGUCAAGCGUGUAAUCAUCACUCCUAUAGAAGCCUCUUCAGUCCGGCUAAUUGUCAACAGUGUCACUCGGACAGCGGCCCGAGCUGUGUGAAUGGAACCACAGUGUCGAAGCUAUGCAAAGACCCUGACGACGUUUGUUUCUACAGAAAGACCCCCGACCAGAAGGGAAUACAUCGUGGAUGUCUGACGGAUCUUUCCCUGGCAGAACAGGAUAAUUGUCGCAGCCCAUUCAGCCGAUCUUGCCAUACGUGCGACCAGCAGGGUUGCAACAGUGCGAAAUGGGUCGCGUGUUACCAGUGCAGUAGUCUAACGAAUGCAGAUUGCGCGAUGGCGCAGAACGAUGCGACCAAUCUGAAGUUUUGCGAAAAACUGGACGAUCACUGCUUUGAGGAUCGGACUGAACAAGAAAUUCGCAGGGGUUGUGGACUUUUGUACUGUGACCAAAAGAAAACUUGCGUCGAAUGCAACGAGGACGGCUGCAAUGGGAACUCCGGAAGCACAUUGAUGCCACCACACUGUCUCGUGUGCGAAUCCAGCGAUCCGCAAUGCGCCAAUGGUUCCCUGUUCGAUCAGGAUUGCGAGUACCUUAACGAGCCGUGCUACUCUCGGAUAACACGAAAUGAUUCUACUUUAGAUGGAAAACUUCACCGAGGUUGCUUCUCGCAUUUGGUGGAACCUCAUAGAAGCCAGUGUUUGGAAGAUACGGAUCAGUCUUGCGUCACCUGCACCGGGAACUCGUGCAACCGGAACCCGUGGAGAUUGUGCAUACAGUGCAGCUCGGAGAAAGUGGGUAACAAUUGCUCCAGGGAUGCAAGUCCUUUGAAGGCGAGCUAUUGUCAACGGUAUAAGCAAGAUGAUCGAUGCUUUGCGAAGGAAGUCGAUGGAAAAGUAUUGCGUGGUUGUGAAUCAGAUGACAACACCAUGGAAAACGUGUGCGAAGGAUUGGACACGAAGCAUUGUUUCUUGUGCGAGAAAGACCACUGCAACGAUAAGUCGUUAAAUGCAGCGUUGCGUUUACCGCAAUACUCGUUUACAUUGUAUAUUUUUAUGGUCACUACUAUACACAUACUCCGGUCCUUUUAA